GUAAAUUUUCCACUUUGCAGCAAUAUACCACACUUGAUCACCAAGAAAAUUUCUUAAUCAUUUCUUUUUGUAGAGCCAUGAACAAGCAUGAAACAAUGAGCCUAUUUCCAGGCCUCAUUUUAGGCUGUCCAUAUAAAAAGCACAGAACAUGUAAAAAUGGAGUUUAUUGAAUCUGGUCCUUUUGAAGUCUCUGCAACUGGUCCAGAUGGCUUGUUAUUAUGUCAAUAAUCCACAAUCUUCAAGAAAAAAAUGGCUUGGUUUGUUUGUGAAGGUAGCAAUAUUGGGCAUUGUCAUGGUUGCCAGCGUAAACUCCGAAGAUCAAACAGGUUUAUUGUGUAUUAGUGAUUGUGAUACAUGUCCAGUCAUUUGUUCCCCACCUCCUUCACCAGUAAAAUCACAUACACCGCCCCCACCACAUUCAUCGCCACCGCCACCGCCACUGCUGACGCCAAUCUAUCAAUCCCCUCCUCAAUCUGACUGCCACUCUCCACCACCACCACCACCAGUGCCUUCACCAAAUAUUCCAAGGAUUAAUGUUGUUCCCACACCUCCUUCUAGUUCUAACAGCCCUCCUACUUCAGGUCACGCGCCACCCACAGCAGGACCGCGCGACUCCCCUUAUCCUUACUACUAUUUCUAUGCCUCCAAGGCCUCUGAUCUUUGUUUUCACACUUCAAGUUUUGUUGUAAUGUUGUUGUUUCAUGUUCUGUAUAUAUUUUAGGUGAAAUGGUUGGUUAGAUGUUGUAAUUAAGAGGUAGAUUAUUUGUUGCUUGCUACCUCCUCUCCUAUUCUGGUUGUGCUUACAGAAGUUAUUUUUCGUUUCUGUUGUACAUAGCUCUUCCCUUCUGGUCUGACUCUGGGUUUUAAUAUUACUUACUAAUGUAUUUAUUACAAUUAUGAGAUGAUAAUGUUCUUGGUU